UCGCGUCCUCCCUCCAACAAACGCACUACAGAAUUCACUCUCCCACCCCCUAGGGUUUAUCUAGGGUUCCGACCAUUCCUAUCUCUGCAUUCCCCCAAUGGCGAAGCCGACGAGAGGCCGUCGCUCACCCUCCAUCUCCGGUUCCGGCUCCUCUUCCCGUUCUCGGUCCAGAUCUCGUUCCCGGUCCCGCUCUUACUCCGGCUCAGACUCCAAGUCCAGCUCCCGCUCGCGGUCUGUGUCCCGGUCCAGAUCUGCUUCCCCGUCUAGCUCUCGCUCUCGGUCCCACUCCCGCUCCAGAUCCUUCUCAUCUUCCUCUCCUUCUCGCAGCGUUAGCUCGCGAAGUCGCAGCCCUCCUCAGCGUCGAAGUCCGCCUGAUGCAUCUAGGCGAGGUCGUUCCCCUCCACCACAAUCUAAAAAAGCAUCUCCAGCUCCAAGGAAGACUUCUCCCAUCCGCGAGUCCCUAGUUCUUUAUGUUGACUCACUGAGCAGGAAUGUCAAUGAAGGCCAUCUAAGAGAAAUAUUCAGUAAUUUUGGUGAAGUUGUAAAUGUGGAUCUAGCAAUGGACCGUGUUCUUAAUCUUCCAAGAGGAUAUGGCUAUGUUGAAUUCAAGACAAGAGCAGAUGCUGAAAAAGCUCUACUUUACAUGGAUGGUGCCCAGAUUGAUGGCAAUGUUGUAAGAGCGAAGUUUACACUUCCUCCACGACCAAAAGUUUCUCCACCACCAAAGCCAAUUGCUUCUGCUCCUAAAAGAGAUGCUCAAAAAUCUGAUAAUGCCAGUGCUGAUAUUGAGAGGGAUGGGCCAAAACGACCACGGGAAUCUUCUCCUCAACGGAAACCCCUGCCUUCCCCACGAAGGAGAUCACCUGUGGGUCGAAGAGGUGGAUCCCCUAGACGACCAGCAGAGUCUCCUCGUCGGCGAGUAGAUUCUCCAGUUCGUCGUCGUGUAGAAUCUCCUUAUCGGCGUGGUGAAACACCUCCCAGGCGCCGACCUGCCUCUCCUGCCAGAGGUCGUUCUCCAUUGUCUCCACCAAGGCGGCUUAGAUCUCCAGCAAGGCCCUCUCCUCGUAGGAUGCGUGGUAGUCCAAUCCGAAGACGUUCUCCUCCUCCAAGGCGCCGUUCACCUCUUAGACGAGCCCGUAGUCCUCCAAGAAGGUCUCCCUUCAGCCGUAGACGGAGCCGUUCUCCAAUUCGUAGGCCUGCUCGUUCUCGUUCAAGGUCAAUCUCACCUCGGAGAGGCCGAGGACCUGCAGUGAGACGUGGGAGGUCAUCAUCCUAUUCCAGAUCACCCAGUCCCCGGAAGGUAGCAAGGAGGAUCUCAAGGAGUCGCAGUCCUAGAAGGCUUUGCUAGCACGUGUGGAUGUGAGUUUGUGAGUUUGAGUUUAAUCCAAUGAGUAAAGAUUUUGGAAGUUUCGAUGAACACAGAACACCCUCGGGUUUUUUCAUGUGCAGGCCAUUGAGAGGAAGAAGCAGCAGCAAUAGCAGCAGUAGUAGUUCACCCCCUCGUAAGCCGUAGAUCUUAGUUCCCCCAGUUGUAUUAGUUGUGAAUGAUGAUGUAAUAGCAGAGUUGUAUUGACUUGCUCGAAAAUACUUUAAUUUCAGUCGUGAUCGACUUUCUAUUUAGUGGUUCCUAAAAGUACUUGUAUUUGGACGGCGACCUGUUCUGCUAUAUUAAAUUUGUCUUGUCUGAACAAUUUUAUGGCUUAUCUCUUAA